CCCAACAGGUGGCUGACGUGCAAAUCCCUGCCCCCGGGAGCUCUGGAAAGAAUCGUCGACACUGUAGCGGACCGUGUGCGGGUCCCUUGGUUCGCAGGGGCCGUGAAGGUCAACGUCAGCCUUGUGCCACCCCUGGUUCUGCUGCCCGUCCUCCUCCAGGUUGCCGCUCUGCACUUCCUGCUGGGGCUUGUCAUCCUGACAUCGCUGCCCGUGGUGGUGCUGUGGUAUUACUACCUCACCCACAGGAGGAAGGAGCGGACUCUCUUCUUCCUCAGCCUGGGGCUCUUCUCCUUGGGCUACAUGUACUAUGUGUUUCUCCAGGAGGUGGUUCCUCGAGGCCAUGUGGGGUAUUCCCAAGUGGUCGCUCUCACGUGCGGGUUAAUUCUUAUGCUUGCAGCCCUGUCUCAAGCCAAGAAAGACCCCGGCUACCUUCCCAUCUCAUCAGGCAACGAGAAGUCAUCGCACCAGGGUUUGCCCAACAAGAGUGUUAGAGGAAGCGCCAAUGGGCUCUAUGGUGUCACCACAUCAGGAGUUGCCAGCAGCCGUGCUGUGAAUGGGGAGGCCAAAGGCUAUUCCAGGAUGUCAUCUGAGGAGCCAGAAGGUGUGAAAAAGGACUGGUGCACUAAAUGCCAGCUGGUCAGACCAGCCCGAGCUGGGCACUGCCGGCUUUGUGGCAGGUGUGUAAGGAGACUGGACCAUCACUGUGUCUGGAUUAACAGCUGUGUAGGGGAGCAGAACCACCAAGCAUUCAUCCUUGCACUCUCCUUCUUCAUGCUCACCUCUGUGUAUGGGAUUACAUUGACCCUGCACAGCAUCUGCAGGGGCCGAACUCCGUUUGUGGCAUUGUUCUACUGCCCUGGAGCCUAUUCUGACCACAGCUCUGCUCUGUCGUUCACCUGUGUGUGGUACUGUGCCAUUGUAACAGCUGGCAUGGGAUACAUCCUCCUUAUCCAGCUGCUGAACAUCAGCUACAACGUGACUGAGAGGGAAGCUCGGAUGGCUCUGCGGGACAAUACUGGGCACAGGCUCCUGGGUGGCUUAGUGAUAGAUACUGGCCAGUAUAACAGGGGUUUCCUAUGCAACUGGGGCCAUUUCUUGAGCCUGGGGUCUUCUCCUCCACAGCGCUCUGCUGAAGACAUUGUGUGACAUCCCUCUUUCUCCAGAUGAUGUUGACUGACUUUCUUUAGCAGGGGAAUGGCCCCUUCUACUAGGACUCUCCCUCCUCCCACACCCUUCACAGUUAGUGUAUGGGCUGCCUAUCCCGUCACUGACAUCAUUGGAGGCUUUCCCAGGCCAAAUGGUUCUUCGCAUGCUGUCAGCCAGCAAUAGGAUGCAGAAAGCAGUAAGCCAUAUGCACAAACCUGGAGAGAAGGAGCCUGCUACCUUUUUCCGCUGUGGGAAACUUUGUGCAGCUC